AUGAAAACCGGCCGAGCUAGAACCGAAAAACCGGUAAAAAAACUCAGUCGCAACAAAGUGUCAAUCGAAUGUACGAAUUGGCAGCCCGGAACGAGAGCACGCCUCCCCAAUCUGGCAGCUAGUCAUUACCGAUGUAAGCAGACCACAGCAGCAUCGGGUUCCAGCCAAGCAGAGCCUGGAAAACUGACACGCAGCCAAGCAGAGGCGAACGUCGCAAGAGGCAACCUAAUGCGGCGUUCCCACGAGGCGUGA